AUGUUGGCAUUAUUGUUUUAUCCCUUAUCAUUGGGAAUAAUAGCACCAUCCAUGAGUCUAUCUUAUUCUAACUAUAUUUCCCCCAAGGAUGAAUUCUUCUAUGAACUAGAAGACCAUCCAGAUUACAAGAAAACCGGGAUGAACUUCCAACCAUUAAAUCCUGGAACGCACUCAUAUAAUACCACUGUACUCAAACAAUUAAACAAGGCGUUCCCCUAUAAUCCUAGAAAAGCUAUUCCCAAGAAAGUGUGGAAAAUGUGGAAUGUUGGACUUGAUGAUCCUGAAUUUCCUGAAGAUUAUCGUACCUAUCAUCAAACCUGGAUCGACCAAAGUCCAGAAUAUGACUAUAUUGUGAAAACCAAUGCCGAAUAUGGCGACAUCAUAGCUGAUCUAUAUAAGGAUGUGCCUGAUCUCGUGCAUGCAUAUAAUAUCAUGCCAGAGGUUAUUCUCAAGUGUGAUUUCGCAAGAUACUUGAUCUUGUUCGCAUAUGGAGGAAUUUAUGCCGAUAUGGAUACUAAACUAUUGAAACCUGUUCAUGAAUGGUUCUCGAGUCAACCAAUGUACUUGAACCAAACACUUGACUUGGGUCUCGUAAUAGGUAUUGAAGAAAGUAUGAGUAAUUGGUACAGAUAUUAUGCUCGUAGAACCCAAAUUAAUACAUGGACAAUCAUAGUUAAAGAAGGACAUCCCAUGCUUGCUGAACUAAUUAGUUCAAUCAUUGAACAUACAUUAUGGAGAGAGAAAAAUGGGCAGUUGAAUGAAACAAUUGGUAAUGAUGGUGGAAAUAAUAUUAUAAAUUGGACUGGGCCGGGGAGAUUUACUGACCAUUGCUUCAAGCAUAUCAACUAUCAACUUAAUCCCGUGAACGAGUAUCAGACAAUAAUUGACGAGAACUUUCUUGCCAAUAUCCAGCUUCCGAUGGUUUUUGGUGAUACCAUGGUAUUACCUGUGAAAUGUAUGAAUCCAGGGAAAAGACAUUUGAGGACAACAUUGAAUGAUACAUUGGCAUAUGUCCAUCAUGUGGGCCUGGGGACAUGGAAAAAGAAAGCAGCUCAAAAGGCGAAAGCAGCUCAAGAGGCAAAAGCAGCAGCUGAAGCAGCUGAAAAAGCAGCUGAAAAGGCCAAAGCAGAAGCGGCUGAAGCAGUUGAAAAAGCGAAUGCGGCCGAGUAA